AGCAGCGAGUAUUUAAUUCAAAAAAUGAAAAUGUCAAGACGUGACGUCGUCUGUGUCAUUGGCGCCGCUCUUCUUUUCGCAGUCCAUGCGCUCGCAAGGGAACCACCAAAGGUCAGUCUCGAUGAUUUGGGCACUUUGAUCGGCAAGGAAAGCCUAACUCGAGGCAACAGAACGAUUCACAGCUUUCAAGGCAUUCCAUUUGCGGAGCCUCCGUCUGGAGUUAACAGAUUUAAGGCUCCAAUUCCAAAAAUAUGGAGUGGCAAACUUGUUGCAACAAGUCCAGGAAGACCGUGCAUCCAACCAGAUGAUGAGUACCACCCAGUUGCUGGAGACGUUGAUCCUGAAGACUGUCUCACCCUAAACGUUUACACGCCUGAUCUCACUCACAAUGGAUCACUACCGGUUGCAAUUUAUUACCAUGGAGGUGGAUUCAGGGUUGGUUCCGAAAGCAGUUUCAGACCUGACUUCCUCUUGGACAGAGAUGUCGUUCUCGUUGUACCACAAUAUAGAUUAGGCCCUUUUGGAUUCCUUUCGAUGCAAAAUGAAAUGAUUCCUGGUAAUGCCGGCCUCUUGGACACUUUGGAGGCUUUGAAGUGGGUUAACCGGCACAUUUCUAAAUUUGGCGGGAACAAAAACAAGGUGACGGUUUUCGGCCAAAGUGCAGGCGCAUCCAUAUCAAAUUAUUUAAUGCUUAGUCCCUUGGCCAAAGGCUUGUUGCACGGUGUGAUCAUGAACAGCGGAUCCGCCAUCGCAGAUUGGGCGCACGACAGUGAGCCUGUGCGCGAGGCCAGACUAAUUGCGUCUUUCGCUGGUUGCCAGGGAGGUGACCAAACAGUUUCCGAGUGUUUAUUAAAUUUAACACCUGAGGACCUAUUGCAAGCGUUCGUGAAAAUGUUUCAUAAAGGAUUGACUCCUUUUCCUGUCAUCUCCAGGCCAGACGAGCCAGCAGCGACAAAUUUCAUGCCGGAGAACCCUGCUGACCUGGCCAGGAAGAGAGCGUUCAAUAAUGUACCACUCUUAGCUGGCGCCACCAGACACGAUUUCUUGUUUGCUGCCAACAAAUUUCACAAUAAAUUGAAAUCGACUGGAAUGAUCAACAAUGAAACCUUCAUACGAGAAAGCCUCGUUGAUGAAAUUAUAAAAACGCAAGAGCUAAACGACCCUGUUGGAAUCAUCAAUGACAUGAUUGAGCACAGAUAUUUCAGUUACCUGACUCCAAAGAAGAGAGGAAACGCUAGAGAAAUUCUCCCCGGAUUUUUAGACUUCGUGAACACCAUCGCCAUGAAAGCUCCAGCGCUCCAAAUGGCCAAACUGAAUUCCGAAGCGGAUAAUUACCUCUACACCUUUGACUACCAAGGGCGCUACCAUUCGCCAACGAAAGGCAUCGACGACGUGAAGGGAAUUUUAACAAAUGGUGCCAUCCACACUGAUGAUAUGAUUUACUUAGCCCCAAGAGUAAAAGAGCCGUUCAAUGACGAGGAAAUCGCUGUUUCAAAUACGAUGGUGGAUCUGUGGGCGAAUUUUAUUAUUUCCGGAAAUCCAAACGAGCCGAAAAAGUUAUCGAUUCCUUAUUGGCCUCAUUAUAACUCGACGGACAAGUAUUACUACGAGAUCAACACUGUUCCAAAAGCAAAGCAAGAUUUUACUAACGAGUUCACUGCAGCCAUCCAGGACCACUUACGGAACUCGGCUGCACGGUUUCCUAGCAGCAGCAGCGAUCUGAGUAUCAUUUUACUGGCGAUUUUGUCGAUUUUUUAUCUUGAAUAA